AUGUACAAGGUGAGGCGGGAUCCGAUAAAGACCCCCGCCUCACCCCCGCGGUCGAAGUACCGCUCGCCGACGAGCACGAUGUACCAGGCAAAAUCGGAGAAGACGGACGAGGACGCGGGGCGGAGGUUGAACUUUAACACCAAGAAGCAAAACGCCAAAGCGAUCGUGGACAAAUCGCUGGGAGGAUACGUCGAAUACGUACAGGACGCGUCGAUCCUGAGCGACAGCGCAAUCGCGACGCUCACGGUGCUGACGCGAAAGAUACCCGAGGAGCUGAGCGAUUUUCACGACGGGGUGGUUGAGUUCCUUAAGAUGACAGACGAGCUACGCGACCUGCCGGGAUCGGAACGCGUGUUGAAAGGACGCGUCACGGACGCCAUGUUUAAGGAGGUGCGGUGGGCGAAGACGAUGCUGACGGAGUUUGAAAACAAGUUACCGUCCGCGAACGCGGGCCCCGCGGGUUGCUUGUUCGAUCCGAACACGAACUGGCUCGCGUCUCUGUUCGAGUCCGAGGAAGACGACGACACCGUGCACGACGAGAUGCUCGUCAAACUCCUGGACGUUUGCGACAGCUUGAAAAUUGUAGAGGAUAUAUUGUCGAGUCAGAUGCAUGUGCUGAAGUGGGACCUCUCGGAAGCACUCGAUCCGGACGACAUCGAACUCGCACUGCCGUCGGAUGACGAAGCGGAGGAACUCACGAAGGAGGAACGCGCGAAGAAAAAGUUGGAGAGAGAGAAGACGCUGAGGCAGAUGGAAAAGGUUCGGUCGAAGAUAGAGAAGAGGGAGAAGAAGGAGAUGGCUGGUGGGGGGGGAGGAUGUCUUUGCUUCGGAACUAAGAAGCAGGGCACGUCGCCACCGGAGACACCGAAAAAAGAUCAAGGCAAGGAAGACGAGCCUGAGGUUCUUUCGCUGUCCGCGUUGCGAAAGACCAAGACCAAGACAAAAGGACAGUAG